AUGGCUAAAGCGGUAUCGGUCCGAGCGGACAGAGCGUCAGAUGGCGGCGGAGGGACGGGAGUAAGCCAAGUCGAAUUCACGAAGACCUCUGCUGCAUUGCCGGCUGUAGCCGCCGCCGCCGCCGCAGCAGCAGCAGCAGUAGUUUGUGUAACGGAGACAGGGGGAACAGUAGAUGCGGGCGAAGAAGCAGGAGUCACAACACGAGGCGCAGGCAGUGAAGGGAUAGCUGAAGCAGGCAGGGAAGGAACAGUUGUAGCAGGCAGUGAAGGGGCAGAUCCAGCCGGCAGUGAAAGGAGAGAUGUACGAGGCAGAGAAGAGACAGCUGUAGCAGGCAGUGAAAGGGCAGCUGUAGCAGCAGUAGGGCCAUCGACGGGCAGCGAUGGCUCAGAUCCGAGCAGGCACACACCGUGCGACCAGGGCACUCGUCGCACGAGGUGUCGCGACGCAGCGAGGAAGUGGGAUUUUCGCAGCAACGACAGCAGCGGUAGAAUCUCGUCACAGGGCAUAGAGAGUAAGUCUGGGAGGCAGCCGUGUAAGGGAAGGAGCGGGGAAGGAGGGAUGGGGGGAGGCGCAGGGGCAAAGCAGUCUGGGCAGGCAAUUAGCGCCAAAGCACCGGUUAGCACCAAAGCAUCGACUACUAGCUUUAAGGCUCCCACGAGCAGCAACGCAGCGCCUAGCACCGCCAAGGCAGCGCCGCUCCUGGGUCGGCUGUCAGGCCCCUCGCGCGUUCCCGCUGUCUCCCUGCACGAGUGCCCUGUCUUCCACCCGUCGCCCGAGGAGUUCGCCGACCCCUUGCGAUUCAUCGCACGCGUUCGCCCGAUCGCAGAGCCGUGCGGCAUGUGUCGCAUAGUUCCCCCUCCGGGCUGGGAUCCGCCGUUCGCGCUGGACCGCGCCAAGUUCCGCUUCCGCACCAAGGUGCAGGCGCUCCACCAGCUGCAGCGCCGCCCCGCGCCCGCCGACCCCGCCACCUUUGCGCUCGACUACCUCCGCUUCCUCGCGGAUCUCCGCCUUGCGCCCCCGCCCGCGCUGCAGCGCGCACUUGCGCGCGCGGGGAUGGGGGCGGGGAAAAAGGGGGUUUCGGCGGAGGACAGGGCGGUGGUGGCGGCGGAAGCCAUGCGCGCGGGCGCGGUGGACAUCUGCGCGCUGUUCCACGCCGUGCAGCGGCGGGGGGGGUUUGCGCGCGUGAGUGAGAGCAGGGCGUGGGGGGAUGUGCUGCGGUCGGUGCUGCAGGGCGAGACGGGCGCGGGGGAAAGGGAAGGGGCGGGGAAGCGGACGAGCAUGGACGCGGGGGGGCUGAAGGCGGUGUACCGGCGGUGGCGGCUGGACGAGCUGCAGGCGUGGCGAGAGGCGGGCGCGGGCAGGGCGCAGGGGGACGAUGGGCGCAACGAGGCGCACGGGGAGGCGGCCGCCGAUGGGAAACGAAAACGACAAGAGAAGGAGGCGGAGGGGGAAAGAGGCAGCAAGGCGCAGAAGCGGAGUGAUGGUAGCGGCAGUGGGUUAAGUGCAAGCGAGGCUGGCGGCAGAUCUAGCAGCCAUUGGCGCGCAGCUAAGGCUGUGAGGUACCGGCAAGGGGAGGCAGGCGCGGAGGAAGGGGGAGAGGGGCAGGGGGAGGGCGAUGGGGGGGAGUCAGAGGGUGCUGAUGGCUCUGACUCGGACAGUGAGGACGCGGCAGCGGACGCUGUGUGUGAGAGGUGCCGAGGGGGGGGGCAUGAGGAGCAGAUGUUGCUGUGUGACCGCUGCGACCGUGGCUGGCACCUCUUCUGCCUCUCUCCACCGCUCUCCACCGUGCCGCUCGGCACGUGGUUCUGCCAGGACUGUGUGGCCCGCCCGCACGACACCUUUGGCUUCACGUCGGGCGGCAGCAUCUCCAUUGCCGCCUUGCAGCGCGCCGACCGCGCUCUGCGCGAGCGGCUCUUCGGCGCAAAGCUGGGCGGCGCGAUGACGCCUGCGCAGCUGGAGGAAGCCUUUUGGCGGGUAGUGGACGGGGCGGCAGGCCCCGUGGAAACCCUCUACGGCAGCGAUAUCGACACCGGCGCCUGUGGCAGCGGGUUCCCCAGGAGAGGGGAACCCGUGCCAGCGCAUGCGGUGCAGAGCGGUGUGAGUGAGGCGCGGUGGCGGGAGUAUGCGGAGGCGCGGUGGAAUGUGAACAACAUGGCACGGGAUGCAGCAUCGGUGCUGCGGUAUGUGGAGGACGCGAUCCCGGGGGUGAUAGUGCCGUGGCUGUACAUGGGCAUGACCAUGUCCGCCUUCUGCUGGCACUUCGAGGACCACUGCUUCUACUCCAUCAACUACCUCCACUGGUGCGCGCCCGCUUUCUCCUCUCCUCAUGCCGCCUUGUUGACGCUCAUCACAAAUCACCUUAUCCCCAUACCCUCCUUCCCUCCCCGGGCUCUCCCUUUGUGUCUGCUGCUUGUCGUGCCGUGUUGGGCUGCUGUUGGGGGCGGCAGGGGCGAGCCGAAGCUGUGGUAUGGCGUGCCGGGGCAUGCAGCAGAGGCCUUCGAGCAGGUCAUGCGGGCGGCCUUCCCGGACCUGUUUGAGGCGCAGCCGGACCUGCUCUUCCAGCUGGUAACCAUGUUACACCCCAUGGCGCUGCAUCGAGCGGGAGUGCCCAUCUACCGCACCGUGCAGGCCGCCCGCGAGUUCGUCGUCACCUUUCCACGCUCCUACCAUGCCGGGUUCAACCAAGGUAGGUUCUCCUCCCCCCUUCCUCCCUUCCUCUUCAUUUCUCCCCUCCACUUCAUUCCUCCCCUCCACUUCAUUUCUCCCCUCCACUUCAUUUCUCCCCUCCUCUUCAUUCCUCCCCUCCUCUUCAUUUCUCCCCUCCUCUUCAUUCCUCCCCUCCUCUUCAUUUCUCCCCUCCUCUUCAUUCCUCCCCUCCUCUUCAUUUCUCCCCUCCUCUUCAUUUCUCCCCUCCUCUUCAUUCCUCCCCUCCUCUUCAUUUCUCCCCUCCUCUUCAUUUCUCCCCUCCACUUCAUUCCUCCCCAACUGCUCGCACCACACUGGAAAUGUUCAACCUUUCUUUCUCCCGGGGGGCCUGAACGCCCCUCCCCUCUCUCUGCCACCCACUGCCUUCUGUGA